AUGGAGGAAGGUGACCUGAGAAAGGGAACGAGAUGGAGAAAGCGCCCCAAUGUGGGUUACAGUAUUUCAUCUGCUCCACCUCAGUCCGCUUCCAUGCCUCCAGCACCAUCUGCUUCUCGUUACAGUAUUUCAUCUGCUUCACCUCAGUCCGCUUCCAUGCCUCCAGCGCCAUCUGCUUCUCGUUACAGUUUUUCAUCUGCUCCACCUCAGUCCGCUUCCAUGCCUCCAGCACCAUCAGCUUAUCGUUACAGUUUUUCAUCGGCUCCACCUCAGUCUGCGUCCAUGCCUCCAGCACCAUCUGCUUCUCGUAACGAUCAAUGGAAGUCUCCCACCUUUCAACCUGCUUUCGAAGAAUCUGCAACUGUAAAACAAUUUGGGAUAAAUCGUGAUUGUUUCCAUUAUCUAUUUAAACAGUUAGAUGAGUCCCUCGUUUCCCGUGAAAGGUUUCUGUUAACGAAGGAGGAACUUAUUUUCAGAAGGGAACGUGCUGUUUGGGAGUGGGAACAGUUUAUGGAUUCCUUCAUGACUGAGCUCGAAGAGCAGAAGCGGGAAGCUUCAGUUUACAAAGAGAAGUAUUUUUCAUUGAUAAAUCAAUUGGAUGGGAAGCUUUCUAAUGGAACGGAUGCUUUUCAUGAGUCUGAUCUUGUUGCCAAUAGAAGUCAGACUACGAAGAAAUCAGUGCAGAUGAACUCUAUUUUUCCUGAGAUGGAAUCAGAUGUCUUUGCCCAAGAAUCUCUAAACGAUAAUGGUGCUUCCGUGAAAGCUAGUAAAAAACCCGUUAGGCAAUUGAAUGCGGUUCUUGCACUUCAGGCAUCAUCUGCUUAUGCUCGCACUUCCAAAUUUCGUAAGAAAGGCCCUGUUAAGAGAAAUCUUCCAAGAGAUGUAAUUACAGGAUGUUCAGGGACUGUUGAUGCCUGCAUUCCAAACACUGGUAGCUUUAGUGAUAUUGACAAUGAAAUAGCUAGAGCAUAUUGUUUUAAAGAGGCACCUCAGCCACAUCUACCUGAAGCUUCCUCGACUUCUUCCAAAGAGAAAGAAAUGGAUGUUAUGGCAAGUAAUCAACUGCCAAACCGUUCUUUCCCAAGCAUGACAAUAUGCUCAAAGAGUCAACAGUCCCUGAACAUCAAGGCUGAGAACAUUGAAUACAGUCAAACUAGUCCUUCAAAGAGUCAGGCGGCGAAUGUGCAAGCAGUGGAUAAAAUGAAGGGGGAAAAUAAUGGCUCUUCGAGCGCCAAUAUGCAAGUAGUGAACAUGAAUGGCAAAAAUAAUGGUGCUUCUGAUAGAGAUGAGGUAGAUCAUGUUCCAUUGGAGGACAGGGUUAAAAUCUCAAUCUCAAGGGAGCUAUCUGCGAUGGAUGAUAUCAGUAACACUGCAUGCUUAGCAACAAAUGCAUGA